AUAGAAAACCAUAUAAACCAGAAUUAAUUGUAUCUGCUUAUACCUCACUUCAUCAUUACUUUUUUGAAGUUUCUGCUAUUAAAAAUGUGAAUAUCAAUGAUAAAUUUCAAUUUUCUAUAUUAUAUUGUGUUGUAGAUAGAAAAAUUAUGGAAAUACAAGAUCAAAAACUAGAUAAAAUUGGUCAGUCAAAAGGUUUAACUGCAAAAGAAAUUUAUCAGAUUAUAUUAUAUCUUGAAUCUGGUGAACAAACG